CAUCCUGCCUCGUAGUUGUUACGACAGGGUCAGAGGCAAUGGUGAAGCGCGACAGAGUCUCCAUCAAAGACAUUCACACUUUCUGCACGUUCAUAGUGACCAUGAAAAACCUCACAGAGGGAGACUCUGGGACUUACUGGUGUGGGAUAGACAGACUGGGAUGGGAUCUCAUGUUCUCUGUGAAAGUGAACGUUCUUCCAGCUGUUCCUGCCUCACCACCGCCAGCACCAAUGAGAGAGACAACAGUUCAUGCUGCCUCCACAGAGCCUCCUUUCAGAUGGACUGCCCCUCAAGUGGCUGAAUCCAGCUCCACCGUUCACAGCAGCGACCCUCCUGCAGGUACAACAGACCCAGUCCUCCAUAUCCUGACACCAUGCCUCCUGCUGGUUCUACUGCUGAGUCUGUUCAUGGUUGUACUGUUUAGAAGGAUGUCGCAGAGGAGAAACAAAGGUACCUGGAAACACCCCGUCGUCCUUCGUUACCAGUGAUCCUGCAGCCUCUUGUAAGGCAGCCAUCUGCAUGCCCAUGGAGGAGACACCCGACUCAGCAGCUGAUGAGGAUGUCUAUGAAAAUGCC